GUACUCAGUGUUAUUUUCGACGUGAAAUUAUAUUCACCCAUAUCGAGUUACUGUAAAAGGUCAUAGCCGGACAGUUGAAAGCGACCAACUUUAACAUGUUCGGUCAUGAAUUAUUGAAGUGUCUAAGGCUUCUAUUUAUCACCGCCAUGUUUGUCAUGUUUUUGCUACAAACGCGUCAAGGAGUGGACAAAUAUUUAGCAGAGAGAGUAGUGGAACAGACUUCAAUCGCGAACUCAUCGGAAAAACUGCCUCUGCCCUCUUUAGUAAUAUUGGUUGCUCCUCCUAUGAAAUACGAUCUGAUUAAUAAGGAUACGGGGAAGCCAUUCACCCUUGAUCAAAUGACACUGACCACUAACGCCACAGCUCUCUGUCCGAAUCGAACUGAUAUCCAAAAAUGUCUGGAGGAAUACAGUUUUGAAAUAGACGAAGUAUUUGAAAUGGUUUUGAGAUCAGGCACGAAUCCCAAGGCCGAGAAUUUAUCAACAGUAUUCGAAAAAGGACCCUUGGACAUUAUUUAUGGCACCUACUUCAAACUGCAAAUCCCAUGGGAGAUUGGCACGAGCUUCUUCUCCAGCCCCAUUCUAUUUGUGAAGGAGCAUGUUCUAGAAAACCUCUCUCCCAGUGCCGUAUUUCAUAAUCAUGGACAACUUCGCCACUCCCUUGAUGAGUUCCAUCUCCCGCAACUUUCCAUUCCUUUGUCCUUGGUCAGAGGUCAGUUGCGAGUUUUGGCAAUUGAGUUGGUGGAACACGUUAAUCUAAACCUAAAAAGGUCACCAUGUGUGAAAGAUCCUACUUAUGACCUCGGCCUUUGUUUGGAUCAAUACUUGAGUCGUCACGUAGGUUGCAAAUUACCUUGGGGAAAGAAGAGCUCCCAAAUUCCAGAACAGGAUUGUGAGACAGCUGACGAAUUCACCCGUGUUUUAAAGGCACAAGAAGAAUAUAGGGACUGGACCACUCAGAAGACCUUAAAGGAGACUCAAUGUCUGAAACCUUGCACUUAUCAGUCAUUCAAAGUGGAAAGUUCUCGCCAAACCAUGCCAAAAACCUGGUCAGUCCCUUCUCCCAGCGGCAUUAUUCCGAUUUACAAACAAACUACAAUUAUUAGGAAAGAGCAAGUACUGAUUUAUGAUGAAUCUACAUUGGUCGCGGAAAUCGGGGGCUCGAUGGGUAUCUUCGUGGGCGCCUCGAUCAUCACCAUCUACGAUCUCAUCUUCAAAGGAUUCGCAUGGCUUCUAAAGUUGUUAAUGCCUUUUGGAAACAAAAGGAGGUAAAACUUGAUCAGGGUGACUCAUCUGCUGCACGUGCAUAGCCCACAUGUUUUGGCCAAAUACCUGCAUGAGAAUCUUUUGGUGUUAUCGUUGAAAAUGAGUUCGGAAAAUAAAGUGAUUAGCUAUCUCCCAAAACCGUGUUUUCGUUUAAAUACACCAUAUUCGACUGCUGACGAUUUUUCAGAACGUGUCAAGACCUGGACCGAAGAAGCCCAUUCGAACCCGGCCACGAAAAUGGCCAAAAUGAUCGUACUUGGAGAUUGCGGAGUUGGAAAAA